CCCACCCUGAAAACUAGACCACUUUAUUAUGUGUCCCAUAGAGAGCGGUCUAUCGAUUUGCACAAAAAAAAGAGAGCGCUCUCUCUCUCUCUCUCUCUCUCUCUCUCGGAGGAAUCAAUUUUCUCACUCUUCGCUCGACGACGACGAAGAACUCCGUAUACUACUUUAUUAAUACAACGACUCAAAUAGAGUACACAUAUUUUUUUAUUCCUCGAAGAGAUUAUUGACUCUUACUUCGUAUUUUUUUUCCUCUCUUUUUCUUUCUAUCUCUCUCUCUCUCUCUCUCUCUCUCUCUCUCUCUCUCUCUCUCUCUCUCUCUCUCUCUCUCUCUCUCUCUCUCUCUCAACAAUCAUCAAAAUCAUCAGUCUAUCCUCUUUAAUUUCUAAAUAUAUCACAGCAUAAUAUAAACAGAGCAACACUCCCAAACUGUAAAACCCUAGAGCAGAAAGAAGAAGUGGAAGAAAUAGAAGAAGAGAAGAAGAUGGAAACGGAAACGGAAAUAAGAAGAGGCCCAUGGACUGUAGAGGAAGACAUGAAGCUCAUCAAUUACAUUGCUCUUCACGGUGAAGGAAAAUGGAACUCUCUCUCUCAUUCUGCUGGACUUAAUAGAACGGGGAAAAGUUGUAGAUUACGGUGGCUAAACUAUCUCCGCCCGGACAUCCGCCGCGGAGACAUAUCCCUCCAAGAACAAUUCAUCAUUCUUGAACUCCAUUCUCGUUGGGGAAAUCGGUGGUCAAAGAUUGCUCAACAUUUACCUGGAAGAACAGAUAACGAGAUAAAGAAUUAUUGGAGAACACGUGUUCAAAAACAUGCGAAACUUCUGAAUUGUGACGUGAACAGCAAGCAAUUCAAAGACACUAUCAAACAUCUUUGGAUGCCUCGUCUCGUCGAGAGAAUAGCCUCCGCUCAAAAUGUCGAAUUUACCCCUACCCACUACUCGCCUGAGAACUCGAGCAUGGCCACUGCCAUCUCAUCAUCGACGUCGUCGGAGUCCGUGGGAUCGAGUUUCUACAGUGGUGAUCAGGUGGGUGUAUCUCAUGUCUGA